AUGCGACCAGAUGGACCUCGCAACCCCGUCACCGGCCCCGAUUCCGGUCCUGAGCCCCCGUUUCCUGUGCGAUUGUCGGGUCCCGUCAUCAAAGGUUUCGGGCGGGGGAGUAAAGAGCUGGGUAUUCCUACGGCCAAUAUCUCGGCAGACAUGCUCGCGGAGCAUCCAGACUUGGACAUAGGUGUAUAUUAUGGCGUGGUUGCGUUGGAUCCCAGUCGAUUCAAUUAUACGGAGACAUCAUCAUCGUCACCCCAGGGUACUUCCGGGAAGAUUCUCCCCGCGGUGUUGAGUAUCGGAUAUAACCCGUUCUACAAAAACAAGGAACGCUCGAUUGAAAUCCACAUCAUGCCGCCCCUCGCAGCACCCUCGCCGACUGCCGCGAGCAACGAACAAGUGAAAUUCCACAAACUCCCGGAUUUCUACUCGACACCGCUUAACCUGCUGAUCUUGGGCUACAUCCGACCAGAAUACGAUUACGUUUCGCUUGAAGCUUUGGUGGAAGAUAUUCGGGUGGACUGUGAAGUGGCACGAAAGAGUCUGCAACGAGAUACAUAUGCGCGAUACCUGGAGGAAGGCAGAGACGGCGAUAUUGACACUGAAGACGUCAAGGCGCAUCGGCAAUGGUUGACGACGUUUAACGGGAAUCGGCAGGCACCUGACCGGACAUCCGGAUUAUGA